AUUCCAUUUUAAAUUCAUUCCGUUUUGAACAAAACUUAGCUUGUAACGCUUCACAAGAAAAUGAAUAGCUCUAGAUCCUGUGUGAUCCACGCAGACGUGUGUUAUGUUUUCUGUAAUUACAAUUGCACCCUUGGAAGAAGUAUUUGUCUGUUGGCUCGUCUGUUAACCCUGAUAAGACUGAUUAGCAUCCAACUUCUUCAAACUGUAUCGCCAUAGAAUGAAACUAUAAGGUCAUAAUGAGAAAAUUGAUUAUCGCUUACUAAAUAAUCCAUUGAUUGUUGAAGAAAUUCUCCUAUUCAGCACUAUGGGAAAUGUACAAAGAAUGCUAAGGAGAAUGUACUAGGUUAGGCUUAGGAUUGUUAGGGUUGACCUGAUUUUGUUCUUUAUUCGGGUAACUUGAGCGAGACUGUAUUCCAAAACAAGAGAAAAUAAAAGAAAGAAAAAAAUGAAAAGAUGGCUGGGCUUCGAUUCUGAUCAAAAUGUAGUGCGGACUUUCAAAAUCCUCCCUCUCUUUAACACCAUGCGUUGCUGUUGUUGUCUGUUUUUAGUUUGGGUCAGGAAAUCGAGAGAAAAACGUACUAAGUCGUGCAAUUUCGAAGACUGGUGCAUGCACCCUGAGACGGAACAUUUCUCAGAAUAAAGAUUUAAGCAAGAACAAUGUCCCACAGGAGUGACAAGUAACUAUCAAAAAUCCCUGUGGCUUUACCCAUUAGAAGUUCCGCUGUCUGCCACCGCUAGCUCGGCAAGCCAUCUCUUCAUUAUUAGUUACGCAUGACCAAACAGUAGUAUUGCGUGACAUGCGAAAUUGGCUGCCGUGCUCGAGAGUUGCACCAGAUCAAAACGUCUUUGAAAGUGACAAUUAUUAAGGAAGAAGCAAUACUGGUUUAAUCAUGCCCAACGAAAAGGAUUUCGCUUCCCUGUUCCAGACUGUUGAUGAACAUCCUGAACCAAUCAAUGCAGAGGUAAAGGGUAACCUCCCCUCCUGGCUGAGGGGAACCUUACUCAGAAAUGGACCAGGUAAAUUCGAGUGCGGCGACACUUCGUUUAAGCACCUGUUUGAUGCCCAAGCACUUCUCCACCGUUUCCACAUAGAAGAUGGACAUGUGACCUACAGCAACAGGUUCAUAAGAAGUGAAAGCUACGCCGAUUCUCUAAAACGCGGGGACUCCAUUCAUAUGCAGUUCGGCACUUUUAUACCCCCAGACCCGUGCCAGAACAUCUUCUCCCGUUUGUUCUCGUGGUUUUGGAAAGAGGAAAUCGGCAGGGAUAACACUCUUGUCAAUGUGUUUCCUAUCAAAGGCAAGACUUACGCAGCGACCGAGACAAAUUUCAUCUAUGAGAUCGACCCCAAAACCUUGGAAACUUUGAAGAGGGUCGACCUCCUAAAGGAGUUUCCAGCUGACGUAAAGAUCAAUUCUGCGACAGCCCAUCCUCACGUAACCCCAGACAAAUCAGUGAUCAACAUCUCUGCCACGUAUGGUCGAACUUCCACCUACAACAUUAUUCAAAUACCACCAUCCUCUGAAAAACCAGACGAGCGUCCUUUGGAAGGAGGUAAGGUCCUUUGUUCCAUCCCAGCCACAAACGGGCUCGGCUACAUGCACAGUUUCUGCAUCACAGAAAAUUAUUUCGUAAUUACCGAACAGCCACUCGUUCUGGAUUUAUGGCGGGCUAUAACCCACAGGUUUUCUGGAUCUUGUCCUGCGGACUUUCUAUGCUGGGAUCCAGACAGACUCACCAAGUUUCACGUGGUCGACAGAGAAAGUGGAACGCGUGUUGGUGUCUUCACAGCGGAUCCAUUUUUGGUGUUUCACCACAUCAACGCGUUCGAAAAAGACGGCAAGAUUUUUUUGGACGGUUGUUGCUUUCACGACGACUCAAUUAUUCGUCAAGUGUAUCUUAUUAACCUGCGUUCCACCAAUCAAGAAGAACAAAAGAAGUAUGACGUCGCUGAGGUUCGCCGGUACGAGCUACCACUGAAAGAGCUUGGAAACGAGGAGGUAGAAAAACCUCUCCCCAAAGGAGCUGACGGACUGGACUACACUUUGCUGUAUACUGGAUUGGAACUACCGCAAUUUAAUUACGCAGAGAAAAACGGCAAGCCAUACAAGAUUGUCUAUGGCUUGUUACCAAAUCCAGAUGAUCCAUUUGGUCAACUGGGGAAACUGAAUGUUGAGACGAAGGAAAUCCUUAAGUGGGAGAAGCCUGGGAGUCAACCUUCGGAGCCUGUGUUUGUUAAAGCUCCUGAUGGGAAGAACGAAGAUGACGGUGUGGUGCUGUCAUGCGUGAUAAACGUCUCUGACCAGACUACCUCUCUGCUGAUGUUGGACGCGAAAGAUUUUAAAGAGCUGGGUCGUGCUGUGGCCAAAGUGGUGUCUCCAAUGUCAUUCCAUGGAAUUUUUCAGCAUGAACAAGGACUAUAACUACUGGACUGAAUUUUUUCCCUCCAAGAUGAUUCUCUCUUGUUCUAGAUGGAAAAAAAACUUUACACAUAGAUUUUUGAGAAAUGACAGAGUUUAAAUAUGCAAAAUCUGUCUGUGAUAUGAUCUGAAGCGUAAUACUGCAGAUAUAUUUCUUGAUUUUCUUAUGGGGUGAGUUUAUUAAACUAAUCCCAGCUCCAACCAUGAGUCCUGGAAGGUUCUCUCGAUGGAAAUUUAGAUAGAAAAUCAGGUAUUGAAAGUCACACGUGCGAUUUCUUUAAUUAAAUCAAUCUCCAAGGGUUAUUGUUAAUUGUUGUCAAAUAACGUGCAAAAAAACUAUACAAGAACAAAGACAACAAGGACGUAACAAGAACAAUAUCAAUGAUCAUUACCUUCCAUAAUUUUAGAGGUGGGUCGACCCACCAAUAGCUAAUGCUAAUUUUGAAGGGCCGGGCUACUUUUAUUAAAAGUUACUUGAUUU